AAUGUCGAGUGGGGUUCUGUGGUAUCGUCGUCCUUGCAGCGUGUGCCUCGCGCAGUCAGCGACAGUUCAUGUUUCGUAGAGUUGAAUUUCAGUGUAGUUGAAUGACUUGUGCAAUGAUGUUUCCGCAGAUGGUACCAUUUGUUGUUGCAGUCCCCCUCAUCACAGCUGCUUCGUCAUUGUGACGAAAACCUUUAGUGCUGCUGUGUGAAGUUUCCCUCACUUGAAAGUGGGAGGUCAUUACUCCAACAACUUUGAUUUGUCUGCACGUCAUUUUUCACGGCAGGAUGGCGUCACGUGUGAUGCUUAGGCGGGCUCUGAGCGUCACCGGCGCAUUGAUGUUCCGGCCAAACACCAUGGCGAAGGCACGCAAGCAACCCAGUUCAGACAUGGCAGCAUUUCGCGAGGUGUUUAAAUCGGCCCAGCACGUAGUUGCACUUACCGGAGCGGGGAUCAGUGCCGAGAGCGGUGUGCCUACGUUCCGUGGUACGGGAGGCCUCUGGCGAAAGUAUAAUGCGCAGGAUCUAGCCACACCUGCUGCUUUCUUGGCUAACCCAUCUCUGGUGUGGGAGUUCUACCACUACCGGCGAGAUUUAGUGCUACAGAAAAAACCUAAUGCGGCACACAAAGCUUUAGCAGAAGCAGAAAGUCACUUUGAGAAGGAAGGACGGACAUUUGUCGUUAUCACUCAAAACAUUGAUGAAUUACAUAGAGCAGCGGGAACUAAAAACCUGUUGGAGCUUCAUGGGACUUUGUUCAAGACCAGAUGCACCAAGUGUGGGCACAUAGAUGUCAACAGGGACAAUCCAAUCACUCCAGCCCUUGCUGGCAAAGGGGCUCCUGAUCCUGAUGCCCCUGAGGCUGGUGUACCAGUGGGUGAGCUGCCGAGGUGCAAGAAGUGCACUGGACUGCUGAGGCCUCAUGUUGUUUGGUUUGGAGAGUCACUAGAGCCAGACGUUCUUGCUAAGGCAAAUGUUGAACUUGAGAGGUGUGAUCUCUGUCUUGUGAUUGGGACUUCCUCUGUAGUAUACCCAGCAGCUAUGUUUGCUCCUGAAGUUGCUGCUCGAGGUGUCCCUGUUGCAGAGUUUAACCUGGAAUCUACUCCGGGCACUGAAAAUUUUGGGUUUCAUUUUGAUGGGCCCUGUGGCACUACACUACCCAAGGCACUUGCUUUGUAAAGUUUUAGUUCUGUAGUUCUCUGCAGAAGAUCGGCACAGUGCGAUGAGAGGAAAUGUUAGCACGCAUAGUGCUGGAUUUUGUGCACCAUGAAGUUCACGAGGACAUCAAUGAAGCUUGACAAUGCGAUUUGCAAGUGUACAGUGACACUUGUUCAGGACUUUAUGAUUUUAACAAUGGCAGCGACUCUAGUGAGGUAGUAGAGGUAUUGUUCAGACUUGCAUUACAAAUCAGUACAGGAAAAGCGUAUGCUUUAAGGUCUCUAUAUGUUUAUUUAACUUGUGCUUAUUUACGAGCGUUUAAUGUCUACAAUGUCAUGUAUAUUGUUUGUAAUUUAGUGGCGGUGCAGCUUUAUGUUCUUGGCAUAACCGACUUGGGACCCAGGCUAAUGCAAUAAGCAAACCUUUGUGUGAAUACUGGCAGUCUCAACUCGCCAUGCCUGUUAGUGUGGUACAAAUAAGAUGGCCUUUGUGAAGAUAUAAUUCCCAAUAGCAGAAGAGGGGGCAUUGCAACGCCAGAAUAAGCCUACCUAUCUACCUAGUCUCUCUCUGCUGCUUCUCCUAAUGUGCCCACCCUUAGUCAUUUGACAUCUAUAACUGCUAUUUUAUGUGUGUAGUAGUUCAUAUAGAUGUAUACAUUUUUUUCUACCCGUUAGUUCUCUUAGAGUUACUACUCUCAUUUGGCAUACUAACAAGUUGUGGCAUUUGCACUUUUCAGGUGGACCUCAUGAUUUUUUUUUAAUAUAUUCAAGCCAGCUGUGGUGUACACCCAUGACUCAUGAGCAACAGAACUUGUGAAAUUGCAGAAAUAUGGCAGUGGCAUUGAUGAAACUUAGUCCUGUGUAUUCAUCUAAAAGUUGGUGCUAAUGAAUCCUUUGGCAAUUGGUCAAUUGCAUUGUGUCCAAUUGUCAAACGUAAUGCAACGCCGGCACUCAUUCUAGAUUGUGAAAAAAAUGAAGCACAAUGUUGCCACUAAACAUGUACAGUCACGUAGCAAGUUUGGAACAGAUUGAUGCAGCAAGAAAUUUUCAUGAUGAGACAAGCGCAAAAAAAAAAGAAAAAAAAGAAAAAAAAAACACACACUCAGAGAGGGCACAGACAAGUUCAUCAUGAACCAUUACCAACACGCCCAACUGGCAGUCAUCCUUAAGAAAUUUUCUUAGCGGCCUGAGUGCAUUGAUUGAAAUCGGGUGUUCCGGCCUAUGGUUGGUACAACUUUAGAAGGCAGUGGCAUUUCCACGUCAAAGUUGGAUGCACACAAGCUUGCACCAGUGGGCACGAAUUCUAGGCUGAUACUAUGAGCCAGACAGAGAAUACUAUCGAGAACAUGUGCAAGACGUCGCACGUCACUGCUGCUUUUUACUGCUGGCAGUUUGUAAUAACAGUGGCCAGGUGCCGGCAUUGUUUUCUUUUUUUUAUAGCAGUAAAGCAUGGCCAGGAACAGAGCCAGGACAUCGGAUGAGCAAUUCCAGCUGUUAUAAGUUUUGUGAGCUGGGAAAAUCGUUUCUGCAUUACACAAUAUUAAAGUACCUUUCACAAGCAUGUGCACAACAUGGGGCCAAGCAGAAACAGUAUCUUUUCACCACCAGCAUUGAUUCUCAAGUGUACUGUCAGCUAGUGUAUGUCUAAAUAUUGAAUAGCAGCAAAGGGAUAGCAUUUUUUUUCUUAAAAUUUUUUUUUUCUAGGAAUGCAUUAAUUUUUUAAAAAGAAAUAAAUGCAUUACUUUCUUAAAAUGCUCAAGUCCUUUUAAAUGCAAAGCAUUGCUUAGCGAACUUCGACGACUUUGAGCAUAUAUAUCUAUCUAUCUAGCCGCUUACGAUUUUUAGCUCUCCUGGCCGUUUCGAUGAUGGGAUUUAUACCAAAAUUGGUAUGGCAUAACCUGAAUGUAUAUCGACUAUAAACUGACAAGUCGUAACAUGAAAAUCAUGACUUGUGUCAUGAAUGUCUUGGUCGUGCUGCUCUUGCAGUGGUUUCGUUCUUUUGAUAUAUUGCAAAACUGGUGUGGUAUGACAUGAGUGACAGGUCCUCGCAUGCAAAUCCUGACAUGCGUGUCAUGCAAGUCGUGUAGAAGAAUCAACGAGACGAGACAACGCCCUUGCUGCGGGCCGGCUGUUCUUUAUCUAACUUCUUUCUCUUCCACCUCGCUCUACCUGCUCUUUUGCUAGAUCUCUGUGCCCUCGAGCCCCAGUGUCUUUCUUGGUCGCGACACUCUGCCAUGACUGCGAAGCGCGUGGAGAGGCCAUUAAUGCUUCUGGUGGCAGGCACUGGCUGCAUUGCGGUGGUCGGUCCUGGCCACGCUGCGUUUCUACGUGAAGAUCUACCUCGGUGUUUUCCGGAGGUUGGAAUUGGCUCUGUCGCUGCGGUCGCCCAGUAGGACGCUGAAGCGUGGCUAGAACCUUUCCUGAUGAUGACUGUAGAAUAUGACAUUUGCUGUGUUGUGGUUGUCUACUACCCCGGCCUCGCUACGACAUUGCAAGAAAAGUUGUCUCAGUCUUCCGUCCCGCCGUGGUGGUCUAGUGGCUAAGGUACUCGGCUGCUGACCCGCAGGUCGCGGGAUCGAAUCCCGGCUGUGGUGGCUGCAUUUCCGAUGGAGGGGAAAAUGUUGUAGGCCCGUGUGCUCAGAUUGGGUGCACGUUAGAGAACACCAGGUGGUCGAUAUUUCUGGAGCCCUCUACUACGGCAUCUCUCAUAAUCAUAUGGUAGUUCUGGGACGUUAAACCCAAUAUAUCAUCAUGUCUCAAUCUUUCCUUGUGGAGGAAGCUGCAGCUUUGCGGUUGUCGAAGUUUUGUGACAUGACGCGGCUUCACGGAGACUUUUCUCGGUGGUGGUUUUGGCGGGCGGCUCUGACUGCAUCGGCAUGGUUGCAGAUCCAUCGCGUGACGCUGGCCUUUGUCCCGCCAUAAUUUGAACAGGGCAGGGAAUGGUGGAUUUGGUGAUAAAACAUCCAGUAUUUCUAGACGUCUGCGUCAAGGCGGGAUCGAGUUUCUGCGCUGACUUUUGAUGUGGCUUGUGCUGUUGUCACGUUCUCUCUUUGUGGGGCUCCCCGAUGCUCUGAAACGAGUGAUUCUCGCAGCUGCACUGCGUGCAGGUGGAAUAUUUUUGACACAAGCUGUCUCAAAAUCAGGAGACUUGUGCUGCACGGGCAGAUCUGCCUCUAUCUGGUCAGGAUCUCCGGAUAUGCUUGGAAAGUGUAGUGAUAGGACACCCACUGUAUUCGCAGAAUCUGUGGACACAUACUGGUGCGGUAUUAAGGCGUUUAGUAUGACGGGUGCCGGUGAACCCAGGUGUCCAAGCGAUGACGAGCAUGUGGGAAGCUUUCCAGAUGGAUGUGGCUGGGAACCAGUGUUGGCCACUGGCAGGGUUGUUUGGGCUUCAAUUGCCGAGGCAGAUUUGGAGCACAUCUUGGGCAUGGGUUUUGUACUUGGCCCGGCUACGCAGGUAUCUGUCGGUGAACUGCAGUUCGCAAUCUCGAGGAGAUCAACCUGUCCAGCUUCGACCUCUGUUGAAAGACGUGUCAGGUUCGUCGGUGGCGUCAUAGAAAAUAGGGCUGAAAGCAGCAAUCGGAGCUGCACUCCACUCUGCCCAAGACUGCUGACUGACGCCUUCGCACCUGUGCCAUGCCGCCCCGCCGCGGUGGUCUAGUGGAUAAGGUACUCGGCUGCUGACCCACAGGUCCCGGGAUCGAAUCCCGGCUGCGGCGGCUGCAUUUCCGAUAGAGGCAGAAAUGUAGGCUCGUGUGCUCAGAUUUGGGUGCAUGUUAAAGAACCUCAGGUGUUCGAAACUUCCAGAGCCCUCCACUACGACAUCUCUCAUAAUCAUAUGGUGGUUUUGGGACGUUAACCCCCACGUAUAUCGAUCAACCUGUGCCAUGCCGCGGCACUAUCCUGAAGACGGACCACGGCCACACUCCACUUCGGCUGCUCGUCCACGCUUUGCGAGCAGCAAGAACGUUCACAGUCGCCACCCAGUCGUCGGCGGCGUUCUGAAAGCCGUGGGAUUCCGGUAGUUCACAGAGAGCUGGCGAUAGUUGGACGACAGGCGAAAAGGCACAUAGUGUCAACACGAAGCCACCCAGCUGCCCCUCAAGCUGCAUGAGGACAUCAUGGAGCUCUCGGUGUUGCUCUGGUGUGCUCGCCUCCAGGUCAUGUAAGGCAGCUACGUCCAGCAUAGUGUCGGCGACGCUCAAUGCCGGGAGAAUGGCGCUUAAGACGGCAGUGUUCGUCACUCUCACGACGUUGAUCGUGACACGGAGUCGCGCGAUGGUACGGCGCUGUCGGGGGUGAAGCCUGAAGAGACAGAACUCGCGUUCAGCGAGCCUGCAGCGGUUCCCGCACUCACAUAGUUGCGACCCACGAGCAAAGAAGCCUGCACGGUGUUCUUUGGCGGCUCGUAUGUGGGGAGAGUACCAGCAACGGAAUGCAGGCCGUUGGAAGUUUGAACAGCAUUUCCAAAGGACAAGAGCCUGUCAGUAUUAAGGCCGCGAAGUGGUAACAUGGUGUCUAUUGGGUGAUGACCUGGUACCGCAGGGGAGGCAUGGACGCCAUCCACUGAUAGUCCAAUGGGCAGCUGAAGCGGCAGUCAAUGACUCCAUCGCCAAUGAAGCGUGGAUGGCGUUCCUGGAUUGAGCAGGCCGCACUUCCGUCGACCCAUGAGGCUACGAAUAGAUGGCUUGAGCAGCAAGGUUUAAUUGUCGAGCUGCAUCAUUGUAGAGGAAUAAAUGAGACUAGAGACAAAGGCCUUGCUGCAGGCUGGCUGUUCUUUAUCCGACUUCCUUCUCUUCCACCUCGCUCUACGUGCCCUUUCGCUAGUUCUCCGCGAGCUCCAGCUCCAGCGUCUUUCUUGGUCACGGCAGUCAUGACUACAUGCCACGCUCAUGGUGCGCUCGCGGUCGCUUUGCUAGCUUCACAUAUAUCAAAUAUGGUAUUAUGUGACGUGAAUGGUUGUCGAAGGUAUAUGACUGGUGCAAACAUGAAAUCAUGAAAUGCAUGUAAAGUAAGAAUGGGACAUGCCAUGCUCAUGGUGCGCUCACGGUCAUUUCGCUAGCUUCACAUAUACCAAAUUUGGUAUCACAUGACGCAAAUGGACGGCGAAGGUAAAUGACGUGUCCAAACAUGAUAAUCAUGACGUGUGUGUCAUGUAAAACAUGAAUACAUGCUACGCUCGUAGAGCCCUCACAGUGCUUUCGCUAGCUUAACAUAUACCAAAUUUGGUUCUACAGGAUGUGAAUAGACGACGAAGCUGUAUGACUGGUGAAAACAUGAUAAUCAUGAGAUGCGUGUCAUGUAAAAACAUGACUGCAUGCUACGCUCAUAACCCCCUCGCGGCAGUCUUCCUAGCUUCACAUUUACCAAAUUUGGUAUUACAGGGCGUGAAUGGUCGACGAGCACAAAUGCCAGGUGCAAACAUGGUAAUCGUGACAGGGAAGUGAUGCACGGCAUAAUUUAAGUCUCCCUCAUAAUGUUGAGCUGAUUUUAAAGUGACAUAUCCACCUUCCUCAUUCGUUCUUCGCAUAUAAUCUAUUCUCAGUGUACGUGGGAUCUGCCAAUUUUUUAAUAUCAGUAGUUGAAAAUCAGUUACACAAUUACGAUAAGUCAUUGGGUCAGUACUAGAAUGUUCUAGCAGAUAGAUAUAUUGGUUUCCAUUUUACCUAGAUUUUCACUUGUUAAAUCGAUGCUGUAGACAUUUUGGGGAUUGAUCAUUCAUUUCAUUUCGACUUGCUACUUGCCAUUAGUGUCUUUGAAAGCGAUGUCAAAUUGAAGUGAGCAUGUUGUAUACAGCUUUCUCGUGUCAUUUUCAUUUGGACGAUCCUUUCCUUGAGCCCAUGUAAAUAAAAUAAAAAUUGCAUAAUAUUGACAAGCUGUGCAGCCGGCAUAACGUCUGGUUUUUUAUUCAGUAUCCAUUGUCGAAACCUGCAGAUGCUAUUCUUUGUGACACUUUUUGAAUAAUGUUCAAAUAGUUAUUUUUUUAAGAAUGCUGAACUGACUUUUUUUUUUCUUAAAUGACCUCUGCCAAAAAUAGAUGCAUAAGAAAGUGUUGUCAAUUCUUCAUCAACUGUGUCUAGAAUAAAAUAUGGUGUUCUUUGUAAAACUUA